GAUCAAACUAAAUGAUCAUUAGUGCUCCAGCGGAUUUUGAUGGUAAAAUUACAUUUCGAUUAACUGAGCCUCAUUUGUGUAAACUUUUACUCAACAUCUAUGGUUUUUUAUUUUAUUUUAUCACUUUUUUCUUUAUUCUUCAGUUAUGGAGUCUCAGCAACCAAUCCCAAUAGUGAUUACCUCCAAUCAUGGUCUAAAUUUGAAAAUUUUACUUCUUCUUUGGUCACUAACAUAGCCACUGAUUUGGAUUAUCAUCUAAAGAAUGUCUUAAAUCAUUCAAAUGUAUCUCAAGAGUGCUCUAACUCAUUGUUGAAAUGGGUUAAUAAUCUGAAAUCAACUGACCCAACAGCCGUUAAACAAUUCGACUCAUGGGGACGAAUACCGAGUGGUUUAAUGUCUGGUGGAUGGAUUGAUCAUGGUGGUUUUCAUGAAUGUUUAUCUCUGGAUAAUAGUCAAUAUUGUCUUUUGAUGGCUCAUCUUCCACUGAUGAAUGAACAUCAAAUUGAAGGUUUUGACCGACCUUACAAUCCAGCUUAUUUCAACUUUUCCACUCGACUAUUCCAAUCGGUUGCUAAUUAUGUUCAUUUUUUUCGCUACAUGAACAUAACAUCAGCAUUGUGUUUACCUAAAGGCUGUUCACCUACAGAGCUCACAACAUUAGCUAAUGAAACAGCUAACAAUUAUUUAAACACUGGAUUAAUUGUGAAUGUUGAUUUAUGCCAAAACCGAUAUGAACAUGUACCAGUUACUUGGGGUCAAAUUAUAUCAUUGGCUAUCAUUGUUUCAGUUAUAAUUAUCACUCUAAUCGGAACUAACUGGUCGACUCCAGGAACCUUCAUGUAUCAUUUCAAUUUCACAAACAACUGUAGAAAAUUGUUUGCCCCUGUGAUAUCAAGUAAUAAUAAUAAUAAUGAAAUUAAAAAGACGUAUUGUUUAGGAACAACUUUAACCUAUCUAAAUGGACUCAAAGCAAUAACAAUGUUUUUCAUGAUUUUUGUGCAUUUGGCUAUUACCAUACUUCAUACCAACCUAAAAACAUCAUUUACAAUGUACGACUUGACUAGAGGUCCAUCCAUCCACAUAUUUUUCAUCGGUGACUACAUGACCGAUACCUUUCUGUUGAUUACUGGAUUCGAAUCAACUUGGACACUAUUGAGUAGAACAUACAAUCAACAGAGUAGAUCAUCAGCCGCAUCUGCAUUCAGACUAUUUCCAUACUUGAUUCUUCGUUGGUUUCGAUUUGUCCCUUCAAUUAUCUGGACCAUAGUCGUUAGUAUUUUGGUAUUUUCUCGCCAUUCUCAAAAUUUAAUAGGAGGUCCACUCUGGGGCCAUCAAAGAGCUGCUGGUUCAAUAUCGAAAUCUUGUGAAGAUAAUUGGUUCUACCAUGUUCUCUUCAUUGCCCACUUUUUCGACUCUGCCGAUGAUUUUGGUUACUGUCUUCUUCCAGAUUGGUACCUAGAGUCAGAUUAUCUUUACCAUUUAGCACUCAUUCCAGUGAUAUAUGCAUGUUUACGUGGUAAACCCAGACUCUCCGUUUACUAUGCGCUCUUCAUGAUCAUCUUCGGUUCAAUAACUACUUGUUUAAUCAUCGAGCUACACGGAACUCACCAUACCUGGUUGACAACUACUUUCCCUAACCGAGCCUUUUUCAAAUAUGCAGCUGCUAUUCAUGGCAAACCUUGGUCUCAUCUCAGUUCAUACUUCAUGGGUGUUUUAGCAGCAUUUUUUGUAAACAAAAUUAAACCACAAUUUAAACAGGUAACUAGUACAAUUAUCUGGAUUUCCUGGUUCAUUCUGUGGUGUAUUUUGUUCAGUUAUGAUCUUGCUAUCAAUAAGCGAUCUGAACCCAUUGGAUUUGGUAUCUCAUUGAUGUUUGCAGGGACAGCUAAAAUAAUAUGGAGUUUGAUUCUCAUUUGGUUUAUCUGUUGUUUACAUCAUGGUUUAAUAUCGCCUAAAAUUGAUUCCUUUCUUAGUUCUUAUCCUUUAACUGUUCUCUCCAGAAUAAGUUUAUCUGUUUUAUUGGUAAAUCUGAUGAUAAUGACCAUCCGUAAUGCCACUUAUCAAACAACUACUCACAUUAAUUGGGGUGAACAGACAUUUAGCGUGGGAAUCCCUAUAUAUGUAACGAUUUAUGCGGUUGCGUUUCUUUUCUCGAUUUUAAUUGAAGCUCCGACGAGAAAUAUAAUCAAGUCAAUGAUUGAUUUGGAUAAAAACUCGUCGGAAUCUAAAAGUUCAAAUCACAGUGAAAUGAAUUCACCGAAAUGACGACUGUUAAUUAAUAUGAAUUUUGUCUAACUUAUACAAUAUGUAUUACAAUAAUAUAAUAACAAUAAAUUUGUUUUGGCUUACAUC